AUGUCGGAACGAUACAACUUUCGACGUAGUACUCGCGUUCGGAGACUACCGCCCCAACACCUUGGAGGACCACCAACAGAUCCAACUCCACACAUAAAGCUCAAAAUAGAAGACCUGGACCUUGACAAAUCCUACAUUGGCACUUUGAUGCCACCUAAACGACCACUGAGGCCAAAGAAAACCAGACCAUGGACCAAAUGGACAGUAAGCGAGCCCCUUACCGAUUCAGCUAAGCUUCCUCGUGGCUGGCACAUGAAUGAGGACGAUCUUGAGAUUGAGUGA